AUGAGGACUUCAAUCGCCGCUUCGGCCUUCUUGGCCGCAACUGUGUCUGCUCACGGGAAUGUGACCUCACCUCCCGGGCGUCUGCCCGGCGCAGCAAUGGCCAAGGCAUGUGGACAGGCUACCGUUAACCAAAUCCUUUCCGACGGCACCAUCCCUCUCGAGAGCUUCUCGAACGUGCCGGCUACAUGUCAGCUCGACCUCUGCCGCGGCGCCCUGUUCGAGGAUAACGUGGCGCUCGUUCAGCAAUUCACGGUCGGCCAGGUGGUCAACUUCAGGGCGAUCCUGCCGAUCCCGCACGAGGGCCCCGCCAACGUGUCCAUCGUCAAGACGGCGACCAACCAGGUCCUGGGCCAGCCGCUCAUCGUCUUCGACAGCUACGCCGACGAGAGCCUCGCCACCCUGCCGGCCAACAACACCAACUUCGACGUCACCAUCCCCGCCUCCGCCGCGGCCGAGUGCGCCGUCGCCGGCGACUGCGUCCUCCAGUGGUUCUGGUUCGGCACCAGCGCUAGGCAGACCUACGAGAGCUGCAUCGACUUUGUCAUUGUCGGUGCCGGUGCCGGUGCCGGUGCCGGUGCCGGUGCCGGUGCAGGUGCCGUUGCUAGUGCAGGUGCCGUUGCCGGUGCAGGUGUCGGUAAUGUCGGCAAGUUCGUUCGGGACAUCUCCUUCGGCGGCAUCGUCGGCUCCAUCCCCUCCUCGUCCGACGCCCCCAACAAGGACUCCAAUGGCGCUUUCGGCGGUAUUGUUGGCUCCAUCGCUUCCAGGCGGAGGAGGUCCAUGUAA